UUUUUAAUUUGAUGAUUUUUUUUUUUUUGGACUUGCAUACAUAGGCAGGGAGUAUAGCUCUACACAGAAAAAUAAGGGGCCAGAAUUGUACCUUUUUUUUUGAGGUACGGCAGCUUGUCCCUAGAGCAUUACCCUUACAAGGACAUAUUUGUACCUUUUUACCUGCAAUAUAUGUGCAUUUUAGUACCUUAAAGGUAUACAUUACUACUCUAAGGUACUAAUAUGUACCUGUUGGGGUAAAAAAAAAAGGUACUGCUCCAGUAACAAGCUGUUGUACCCCAAAACAACAUUUACAAUAUUUAAACACAGCACUUUACCACAGUCAUCUAUGUGCUGUUAGGAAAGAGUGAAGGGUUUGUUUGAAAUCCAUUUUUAUAAAUGUAGUUUUUUAGUGUUUCGUUUUUAUUGUUUGUUUUUUUUUUCUUUUCAAAACAGCCAAACUACAGUUUGAUAUUAAUUGGAAUGAUUAUAAAAAAAUAUAUAUAUAUAUAUAUAAAAAGUUAUUUGUUUUUGCUAAUGAACUCUUCAAGUCUUGCGACAUGGGUGCAUGUUUGAUGAUAAUGAUAAAUUCUGAUAUGAUAUUUAAUGAGUUUGACAAACCUUUAUAUCUUAAGUCCAUCUUCGUUGGGUAUUGCAGCAUCUAAGUAUUUCAGUUUAUGUAUUUUUUUCACUUUUCACAUUAUACUACAUAGCGUGGAUGUAUAGUUAUACCUCUGAGAAAAGAGCUCUACCUCCAUGUCAGCCAGUUUGGUUUUAUCAACUCAGUUAUACAAGUUACAUCAAUACAUACAAUUCUAAAAUCAAUCAGUUAUUUGCAUGAAAAGGAUAUUACAGAGUUUGUUCGCCUGCUGCUUGGAAAGUGUUUGAACUUGAAUUUGAAUCUGAAUCACACGUUUCUUUUGGGAGAAAUAACUGUUAAGGUCUUUGCUCUUUACUUUACAUGACCAAUGCUGUUGCGUAUUUUGCAAUAAAUAUUAUUGGAGUAACGUUGAUGGGAGUUUUAAUUCUAUUAAAGGCAGUUUUAUAGUGUUUAAGUGAAAUCGUUUUCACAGCCCGCAAACGUGUUUAGAUGAUCCAAAAAGGUUUGAUAAGAAAUCAUAGUGGCUUUGGUUUGUUAAAGAUCCGGAAACGGGAAUCAGGUGAAGUCGAAAGAGAAAGUCUCGUCCUGGUGUGAGGAUGUCGAAAGAUGAGCGCGACAGCUGUAUAUUAUUUGUCAUAAUUUGAAACGUCGAACAUCAGGUAAGUGUUCUAUAAACAUUGUGUUCGUUUAUGGAAUGGAACGUUCUAAAAAUAAAGAAUAAACGUUUGUUUACGUUCUGAAGGAACUUGUUUGCUUCUCGCGGUUAACAUGCUCCCGCGCUUGUUUAUUUACCUUAAUGAAAUAAUUCCAUCAAAGGCGGAUUAAACAAUCUAUUUCUGGUUAUCAAACAAAAUUUAAUCGGUUUUGACUUUCAUUCAGAUAUUUUUUUUAAGACGUGUGCCAGGAGAAUCAAAUGAACAGGUCUGACGAGACGUUUGACAUGUUUGUACAGACGCUAUCCCUUAAAAGCGCACAAUUGCAAAUGUACAGUAGUGCACUACACACGUUAUUUACCGACAUUUUUUCUACGUAUGUGCAGAGUGUUACAGGGUGGUUUCGCAAUGCCCCUGUCGCUGGAGGACAAGGUGGAGAGGCUUUUGAAGGGAGAGGGGCUGGAGGUGACCGAGCUUCACUUCGCUCCCGAACCGAGGCAGCCGGUCACACGCAAAAACACAAGCUUUGCUGUGUGCGCGGUCAUCUUCAACUCUAGGAACGAGGUGUUGAUGAUCCAAGAGGCAAAGACGGUGUGUUUUGGUUCAUGGUACCUCCCUGCAGGUCGUAUGGAAGAUGGUGAAAGUAUCGAGGAGACCCUAAAGAGAGAGGUGAGAGAGGAGGCGGGAAUAGACUGUCAGCCAAUCACGCUGCUGCAGAUUCAAGAAAAAGGGCCAAGCUGGAUCCGCUUUGCUUUUCUAGCAGAGAAAACAGGUGGCUCUCUGAAGACGCCAGAAGAAGCAGACGCCGAAUCGCUGCAAGCUCAGUGGUACGAUCGCGAAUCUCUGCCUAAGAAUAUCCGUAAACGUGACAUUCUCACCCUCAUUGAUGCUGGGUUAAGGUAUCGCCAAAGCCCCUGGUUCCCGUGCUUACAGCCUGUUGGCUUCCCCUGUGACGUCGUCUGCCAAAGGCUUCUUCUCGCUUUCGCCUCCAGCGACGCCAACCUCGAAAACGGCGAUGAAGAGCGCAUAUGGCUGCUGCUGACCGACGACUCCCAACUUCCCGUCGCGGCCUCAGUCAAAGCACAAACUCUCACGCUCACCGCAAAAGCGCUGGUGAAGAGCUGCAUGCCCUCCAUUCACGAGCAGCUGAGCGUGAACACCUGUGGGAUUCUGGGAGUGCAGCACAACGGGACAGCUCCCGGACAAACCGAUGGGGUCUGUUUAAACACCCUGGUGCUGCUGGAGUAUAAUGAGGAAGAGGAGGAGAUUGGUCUCAGCCUUCCACCCAAACCAGAGAGCGCUGCUUUCAGAUGGCACGAAGUGACCAAUCAGAGCCUGAGGACUGAGAUACUGCGGAAGAUUCAGGAAGGCUCUGUCCUGCCUGUUCAGAGCACAUGAAUGGGAACCGAAGAGAUGUCCCUGUCAUCAUUAUUGCUGGUUUACACCAAGUACGAUAACUGUAACGUUAACAAUAUCGUUUCAAAAACGAGUUAAAGUCUAAAUCUAAAAGAAUAUACCUUUUUGUCAAUAAAAGAUUAUGAAUUUAAACUUCUGAUUGGAUGCUCUUCUGCUCCGCUCUUCAUAGGAAACCAUUCAAAUAGUGUUUUUGAUACAGCUAACGUCAUCAGUUUCGUGUUUUCUACGCACUUCAAGUUUGAGGAGUGACAAAUGACGGUCACGAAAGAAAUGUUAAAUGAUGUGCUUUUUUGAAAAACAUUUUAAUGGGUUUAACACUAGAUUAUCGGCACAGAAUAUACACUGGUUUGACUAGAUUCGCUGGAAACUGGAGAUUCUAAGCAUCGUUUAGGAAAAUUACGUAAAUGUAAUCACUUUUCCAGCUCAUGAAUGAUAAAAACAUUGGCAGCCAAUCAGAAUCCAUCCUGGUGAACAGACUUUUGCUUGUUGCUGUAAGGCACAUGGUUUGCAUCACGUUGGCCUCUAUUUUUGGUGUUAUUAACUGCGGUGUCCAUUUUUAAUGUUUUAACAGAGUCAAGAAAUGUUUACAUGAAUAAAUAAACCACUCAUAUUUGCA